AUGGCGGAAAAAUCAACCAAAAAGCCGAACAAACGAACUGGCCGAAGGCCCAAAUUCGAAUACAAAGAGAUCAGAAAAUUUGAGAGCUUUGAAGCAUUUGAGGGCUGGUGGAAAGCCGAGGGUUCGGAAGGCCUUGAGCGCGAUCAUUCCUAUCGAAAUUCGGAAGGAGAGGAGGUUGAGUAUUUCAGGUAUGAUGACUUAAAGUAUAAUACAGGGUGGCACUGCAUUCCGAAUUAUUUUUGCCGCCGACCGGCGUCCGAAAAAAUGAAAAAAUGAGAUACGCCUCUUACAUUUUUGCCAAUAUCUCGCUAGCCUCGAAGUGUAGCGUGAAUCUGAAAAUUGUGUUUCAAAGCUGACACAUUUGUCCUUCAGAAUAUAUUAAUUUUGUGAUGAUACUUAUUAUGUACGACAAGGAAACCGUUGCUGAAAAAUGGCAAAUUUCAACAUUCAAUGCCAGAAAAAUGUACUUUCUAAGUGCCAGAUUGCAAAAUUAUGGGCCUCAUUGUGUACAGAAUCUUGAACACUAUAAGAUAUAACAAUUUCAGGCAUUUUCUGGCCCGAUUUGCAGAGUUAUACCCGAAAAACUGCAAUUUUGGCCUUCUUAUUGAGCUAUCUGCACUUUAAAAGUACGUACAAGAAAUCCCUCUUAAAUUAUUGUUGCCCAGGUUGUGAUGGACCAUCGCGCAAAAUCUCAACCUUCUACGACCUCUACGGAAAAAGUUAUAACGGUUACAAUAUGGGACCCUCGUAUGCCCAAUAUUUUGUAAAAUACAGUACACCAUGGUAAAAAAUAGCUCUAUAUGGCCUACGUAAACUUACUCGAAACCUGAACACUGUUUCUCAGAUUUUUCCGCACGAGGGACACGAUUUCAAGUUUUCGCUAUACUAAAGGGAAAACAGUGAAAAGUUGGGGACAUAGCUGGGAAAUUUUUAUAUGUAGUUGACCGUGUAAUUGCGAUAAAUUUUUUUUACCCCAACCAACGCGACAGCAGCAAUAGGAAUUCCAUCAUACAAAGCCAUCUUGCACCGUAGUUUACCGUAUUUUACAAAAUAUUGGGCAUACAAGGGUCACAUAUUCUAACCGUUAUAACUUUUUUCGGAGGAGUCCUGGAAAGCUGAGAUUUUGCACAGUGGUCCAUCACAACCUGGGCAACAAAAAUCAUAGAAAUGUUUUUUUGUAUGUACUUUUAAAGUGCAGAUAGCUCAAUAAGAAGGCCAAAAUUGCAGUUUUUCGGUUAUAACUCUGCGAAUCGGGCCAGAAAAUGCCUGAAAUUGUUUUAUCUUAUAGUAUUCAAGAUGCUGUAUCCAAUGAAGCCCAUAAUUUUGUGAUUUGGCACUUAGAAAGUACAUUUUUCUGGCAUUGAAUGUUGAAAUUUGUCAUUUUUCAGCAAUGGUUUCCUUGUCGUACAUAAUAAGUAUCAUUACAAAAUUAAUAUAUUCUGAAGGGCAAAUGUGUCAGCUUGUAAACACAAUUUUCAGAUUCGCGUUACACUUCGAGGCUAGCGAGAUAUUGGCAAAAAUGUAAGAGGCAAAUCUCAUUUUUUCAUUUUUUCGGACGCCGGUCGGCGGCAAAAAUAAUUCGGAAUGCUGUGGGUGGGGCUUCUUUGUGGCCCGAUUUGAAUUGGCUAUAACUUUUUUAGUUUUUGGCCAAAUCUUAAAAUUCUUUUUUUCCCUGAAUCCUCAGACAACCCCAUUUUUUUGAGACCAAAUAUGUUAUACAUAGAACGAUUAUCUACGGUCGCUUUUCGGUUGUUUUUUCGGUCUUUCCCGGUGUGUCCGAAAAUGGAGUACGGUGUGGAAGAAAUCCAAUAACUGUAGAUGGCACUUACCUAUGUAUAACAUAUUUGGUAUCAAACAAAAUAGGGUUGUCUGAGGAUUCAGGGAAAAAAAAGAAUUUUAAGAUUUGGCCAAAAACUAAAGAAGUUAUAGCCAAUUCAAAUCGAGCCACAAAGAUGCCCCACCCUGUAUAAAUUUUUGGGGGUUUUUUUAUAAAAUCUUAUCCCAAAAAAGUGUACAAUUAGAUGAAUCUUGUGAAUCUUGACCUAAUUGACUUACAGAUGCUCUUCUCGUGGUUGUGGCUUUCGGGCCAAGGUGGUUUACAGCGCCUACGAGCCUACCGUCAGCUACCACACAAUCGACGUCCCCCACAACCCAGAUGCUCAUGUGGCUACGGCGAAACUCACAAAUGCGCUGAAGAGACGUGUCAAGGAGCUGUUUGAUGAGGAAUUCCAACCAAAAAAGAUCAGAGAAACUCUUUUGGUAAUGAGUUUUUUUCUUGUGAUGUCAUGUGUAAUAUAAUUUCAGGAAGAAACGGAAGACCCGUCCAAAGUGCCUUCGAUAAACCAGAUCCACAUGAUCUGCAAGCGUCUCAAAACCGAGGCCGCGAAGCCCACAUUGAUUACACUGGAGGACCUGGAGAUCAUCAACCAUAUCGCGGAGAAUUCGAAAGAGCCGGCUGACGAGAAUGCAGUGUUUGUGGUGGGCUCAACUCCGUAUAAGCGGCACGGUGACUUUUGUAUUGUCUGGUCGACCAAAUCGUUGAUUAAAAUCCAAAGUGAGAGUGAAUUUUUGGCAAUUAAUGGAGUUCCUCAUCUGACCUGGUAAGGAUAAGUUAAUACACUCAAAAUUUAUAGUCAGUUUUGUCAUCUGAUGUAAUUCCAGGCAGUCUCAUGUCAUGCUGUUUGCCGGCACCUAUGUUGGGAACGUUUUUCGACCGGUAUAUUUGGCGUUGGUCUCCAGAAUUCACAAAAAUCCGAUCUCAGAGCUGUUCAAGAUUUUAGCGGCGAAACAGAGUAGCCCGCUAAAGUUUGUUCAGUCCGACAUCUCCCCGGCCAUUACUGAGUGCUGCCAGGAGGUAUUCCCAGAAGCUCGACGAUUACAUGAUGUUCGGGAAGUCAGCAAAGACGUGGAGGCAAAGGUCAACAAAUCAGCCGAAUCCGUGGAGCAUAUUGAAGCGAUUCGAAGGGAUAUCGCAACCCUCGGCUUUGCUCUAACCGAUGAGCAGUUCAGUAAUGGUGAGUAGGGUAGUAAAUGUAGUACAGGGUGCGCCAAAAAUAUUGGGACAAAGAUCAAUUCCGUGUAGCUUUUUUCGGCUGGCCUUGGAAUCAAAACUUUUGGCCGUUUUAGCAAGGGUAACAGUCUUGCUAUACGGCAACGGUAAUGCCAGGGUUGGGGCCUAUUGCAAACUUGAAAAAAUAUUCAAAAGUUUUUAUGGGACCAAAAUUUUCUUUUCAAGUGGAUGACCGGAAAAUCAAUUUGGCCAUUAUUUCCGCUAAGGGAAAGUAAGAUCCUUCAAAUUUAUUGUGUUUAAAGCACAUGCUAUUCACUUCGUAACAACGUAUGUAAUCAUGGUUGACGACCGAUAUGGCGGCGCUGGUCGAAAAAACAAAAAAAAUCCCGAAAGUUCGGAUUUUUAUGUUUUUAACGAUCUCAAUACCACAGUAUCGCCCGUGUUGCUCUAAAAUUUUGUGGUUAUAGAGUGUGUACAUAGGGAAUUGUCAUACUGUAAAAGAAAAUCUACGCCUACAAGGGGACAGUUUCUGUAUGGAAAAAACUUUAUGGUGCGGAUUGGAGGCACGGUCCUUCGAAGCUUGAUAUAUUUUGGCAGUUUACUACAAGUUGAAAAGUACUUGAGCGUAAAAAUCGACGUAACGCUAUACUCGGGAUACAUGCUGACACAACUGAAUUACUUUUAGCGAUCGUCAGUCCAAGAUCACUUGACGAGCAACCUUAGAGUAAUUUCUACCGCUGUAGUCACUAUUUCAUCCCCCAGAGGCAGAAGAUAAAAAAAUAAUUUGUCAAAGACGACUAGUCAGACUCUCGUUGUCCUUAUAAAAGUAUCUCUGAUGCUUAAUACGCUGGGAACCUUACAUGGAAACUUCUACAUAAAAAUCUUUGAUCUUACGGAAGUUUUCUGGAAAACGGCGCGUUUUUAGGCCGACUUUGACGGGCUGUAAAAGAUGUAAUCGUCAUUAUAAGUAAAAAUCAUUUUUAGUGUAUGGAAAGCGACCGCUACUCUGUCAUAUAAAGUGAAUUUCUGCCAUAGCAUGCAACGGUAAAACUAGUGUUUCCAAUUUUUAUCCAUUUUGGGGUCCGUGUCUCGGGGACCUUAGUUGUGAGCACUUAUAAUGGCAGAACAGGUGUCGUAUACGACUACUCUGUCUGAAACUUUGAAGAUAGAUUCUUGGAAGCAUUGCACGUUUGCACAAGCGACCAAUUUGCUCUUGUACCAUUACAGCCCGCAGGGCAAGUAAAAAUAUGAGUCCCAAUAUUUUUGGCGCACCCUGUAGUUUCAUAAAGUGCCCGGGCAUCAUUUCGCUUUCCCACAGUGCAUCUUGAACUUUUGUCGCCAACGCACUGUGGAAUUUCCCGUUUGCGCACCGUGCAAACCUCAAAAAAGCCGAUUGCACUGUGCACAUUUUUGAUCAAAAUCGCGACGGCGCAGUCGGGGAAACCUUGCAUCGCAGCGAUAUUUAAAAUGCACAGUGCGAAAACAAAAAAAGGCGAGUGCACGGUGCAAAAAAUCGCGGGGUUUUGCGCACGCACUGUGCAUUUGAAAUAUCGCUGCAUUUUCGCAAAGUGCCUGCACAUUUGUCGCGGCGCGCACUGUGCACAAAAGCCCCCGAUUUUUUGCACAGUGCACUCACCUUUUUUUUGGUUUUGCACUGUGCAUUUGAAAUAUCGCCGCGACGUCAGCUUUUCUCAACUGCGGUUUUGCUCAAAAAUGUGCACAGUGCAAUCGGCUUUUUUUGAGGUUUGCACGAUGCGCAAAGGCAAACAUCCACAGUGCGUUGGCGACAAAAAUUCAAGAUGCACUGUGCGAAAGCGAAAUGAUUUCCAAGCACUUUGUGAAAAUGCUUAUGUCGCAGCGAUAUUUCAAAUGCACAGUGCAAAACCAAAAAAAAAAAAAAAGCUGAGUGCACGGUGCAAGAACGGUGAUUAUUGAAAGUGGUCAUUAUUUUCCCGACAGACUGAUGAUAUAUCUGACAAGAUUAAUAUUACAUUUCCAGCCUCCGCCAAAGCCGUGGACCGAUGGCGAGAGCUCGGAGUAGCGGAGCCGGUCCUGGAUCACUUCACAACUUCCUGGCUCUCCUCACCCAACUGCUAUUGGUAUCAGGGCGCCAGUCCGUUUCCAGUGACCUGCGAGGCGCUGGAGAGCGAGUUCCAUGCCAUCAAACGAGUGCAUUCGUUGCGGGAGAAGAUGAAAUUCGAGUUCUUCAACAAAUGGCUGCAAAAGACCAUUCAAGUCGACUGGAUUGAGGAGAAGGACGCGAUUUCGACGGAAAUACCGCAACCAUUGUACAGUGAGGCGUAUAGCUUGAGUUUGUAUGGUCGGUCGAUCACUGGGAUCGAGGGAACCGAUGAGUAUUUGAUGCCAAGCGAAAGUGCGGGCAAGAUUAAAAUUGAGGAGAGACUUAUCGACUCUCUAUACAGCUCGACGUACAAAACUUUCGAGGACUAUGCCAAAACGAGAUUUCAAGUGAGUUCAGAGCGAUUUCAUAAAAAAAUUUUGAGAUUUUUGAUAAUUUUUUAUAUUAUUUACUUUAGGUUUAUCACCUCCGCAAAACCGGUCCAAAAACCUUUUCAUGCACUUGCAAGUUCGGAUCCAUGAAGAAGCCAUGCAAACACGCGGUGUAUUUAGCUUGCUCUCUUCAACUCGACAGUUACCCCGAGGUCGAUGCAGCGCCCGGCCGGGGAGUCGAAGUCAUCCGUGUUGAACCACGCUGA